AUGUAUGAGAAGAAGGCAGUUCACUUUGGCGGCGGCAACAUUGGUCGUGGCUUCGUCGCAGAGUUUCUGCACAAGUCUGGCUAUGAGGUCAUCUUUGUUGAUGUCAUGGAUAAAAUCAUCGACGCCCUGAACAGCGUCCACCACUACACCGUCACGGAAAUUGGCGAGGAAGGCGAGAGGGAGUUUGACAUCGACCACUACCGUGCGCUGAACAGCAAAUACUCUAUGGACCAGGUCAUUGAGGAGAUCGCGACUGCAGAUGUUGUAACGUGUGCCGUGGGUCCCAACAUCCUCAAGUUCAUCGCAGAGCCAGUCGCAAAGGGUAUUGAGGCGAGAAAAGCUGACUACCCCGUGGCCGUCAUUGCGUGUGAGAACGCCAUCAACGCGACCAACACGUGGCGCGGCUUCAUCGAGGAGAGGCUGUCGCAGGCGACCAAGGAUGACCUUGACAACAGGGCGCGCUUCGCCAACAGUGCUAUUGACCGCAUUGUGCCCCAGCAGGAUCCCGACGCAGGUCUCAACGUCAAGAUCGAAAAGUUCUUCGAGUGGUGCGUCGAGCUGCCGCCUUUUGAGGGCACGCAACACCCCGAGAUUGACGGCGUCCACUUUGUCGACGAUCUCGAGCCUUACAUUGAGCGCAAGCUGUACACCGUCAACACGUCGCAUGCCACGGCGGCGUAUUACGGCAAGGCUCGCGGCAAGAAGCUCAUCCACGACGCUAUGCACGACAAGGAGAUCCAUGACCUUGUGCGCGAAGCCUUGAAGGAGACGGCGCACCUGGUCACCUCCAAGCACGGCAUCAGCGAGGAAGAGCAGAUGGACUACGUCGAGAAGAUCAUCGCUCGCAUCAGCAAUCCAGCUCUCGAGGAUGCCGUGGAGCGUGUCGGUCGCGCACCGCUGCGUAAGCUGUCACGCAAGGAGCGCUUCGUCGGCCCCGCCAGCCAACUGGCCGAGAUGGGCGCUAGCUUCGACAACCUGGUCAACGCGGCCGAGAUGGCGCUGCGCUUCCAAAAUGUCGAGGGCGACGAGGAGAGCGCGGAGCUGGCCAAGAUCCUGAAGGAAAAGGACGCCAAGGAGGCGACGCUCCAGAUCACCGGUCUGGAUGAGAGCCAUCCUUUGUUUCCGCACAUGCUGAAGAAGGUCGAGCUCGUGCAGAAAGACACCUGA